AUGGCGCCGUUGACUGCACUUCUGCGGUCGAGUUGCGUGGCCCUCCUCUUCUACUUGGCGACUGGUGCGGCCGCCCCGUCAGGUGGUUACGAACACGAGGAAUCCGUACCACCGCUCACGCCAAGCGAUGAGGCCAUCCAACGCCGCGCCUUUUCCAUCUUCAAUGCCGUCCACUCGGCCACGCGCCAAUGGGGCUCGUCACUGAAUCACAAUGGCAUGUCCAUUUUCUUGGCGACGGUGCCCGGGGGCCAGCUUCUCUACCACGGCGGCGACGAGCCGGAACGGGCCAAGGGCGUGACGGGAGAGGGUUUCGACUGGCUGGCGUUUGAGCUGGAGCAUGCGCAAAUGUUUGCUCGCUGCCGCGAAGGCAUCCCGCCCCCGUUCUUGGACCCACGAGACCGAGGCGGCCCUCUUCCACAGGAUCGAAAAUGGAACGCCGCAGAGGCGCACUACAACCGGCGCAGCCGCCACCGGAUACUGGCCCAUGAAAAUAGCCAAAAGCCGAUCGGUGAUAACGGUGGUUAUGACGACGAUGGUGACGGCGACGAUGAUACAUCGGAAAAGCCCGAAGCGCCCCAUCCCCCCGACUUUAUGCGCUCCUACCGCGGCCACUUCCACACGUACCGCGCCAACCGCCCUCUCAACCUGUUGUAUAUUGAUGGUAUGUCCGCCGGAAAUUCUGACUACGGUAACAUUGACACACAGGACAUGAUGCUCUUGGGCUGGCCGGACGACCAUGCACAGUUUAUGGCGGCCGGUAACACGACGAGGAGGGACCGCGAUAAGGGCAGAAGUGGGUGGAACGACACUAACUGGGGCGGUGAGCUCGACCGUGCGAGGGACCUAUGUUCCAUGGCCAAGAAAUGGGCAUGGAACGACAAGGGCGACCGCAUCGACGGAUUUGUUCGGACAGAGGCCGGUUUCGAGAUCAUUUAUUGUGACCUCAGCGACGCUGGUGGCCUCGACUUGGUAUCCAUCCAGCCAAGCCCCUUCCGAAACGAGACGGGUGGGUUGCUCGCCUUUGUCAGCGCCGAGUUUUUGCGCGGCGUCUCCCUUCGAUACCAUGGCUUCCCGGCCGGCCGCAUCCAUGUCGACUGGUCCAGCAUGGUGUCGGCCUUCUUUUACGACGUCAACCUGACGAACCCGGACGCGUCACGGCCCGAGCUACCGCGGCUGUCGCAAGUGACGAGCAGCGAGCGGCGCGGCAUGCGUGCGCGGGUUCGCGAGGUCGUUGCUGCGCGGGGGCCUCUCUCGGCUCAUGAACGCCAGACCAUUGACUGGCAGGGGAUUGUCGACGUGAUCGUGACGCGUUUCUCGCAGCGACUGAACCAGCUGGCCCGGGGCACAACGGAACCGAUCUCGGAGACGGUGUCGCAAAUGCUGCCGACGCUGCUGUACGCGUACAUCAACUUCACGAACCCGGAGGAGCCGCACGAGCGGCAGCUGGACCGAUGCACGCAGCACUAUCUCCUGGGCGCCCUGGCCAAGCAGGAAACAUGGACACGCGAGGACCGGUCCAUCUACCUAGCGCUCGAGACGGUGACCCGGACCAUUUGCAGAGCGUUCUUUGACAUUCGAUCCAUUCUGUAUAUACCGACAGCCACCGUACAGGCAGAGGCCUCUGGAGAUGAUAUUACCACACCCGAGAAUCUGAAGGAGGUACAUGUCCGCAGCAUUGUCAACGAUCUUAUAGGGAAGCUGCAGUGGACAACGUGGCGGGAGUGCGACCCGUGCCAGCACCCGGACGAAGUGUGCCUCGUAGCUAUGUUUCCUUGGGGCAACGAGGAGGAUCAUUUCCACCCCCGGUGCAGCACGUUGGAAAACAUUGAAACGCGGUCUGGGUAUUGGCCAUUGUAG